UGUUGCUGCAGACCUGGGCAUCUCUUGGCUGCCGGAGUCUCGUUGGGUAUUAUCCGUCUUUCCAGUUGCUCUUCUUGUCUCAAGCCAUUACAGAUAGACAGACAAACAAGACGGGGCAGUAAUGAAGUCUUCUUGGGUCAUUACGCCUUUGCUGCUGAGCGGAUUCGCUCUCAGUCACCCAACGUCAGACGAACACGUUGUUCACGAAUCUAUCAAGCAACUGCCCCAAGGCUGGCGUCAUGUCGCCCCGGCGGAGGAUCUCAACACGGUGCGGCUCUCGGUUGCGUUGAAGCAGCCCGGCUUGUCUGAGCUCAAGGCCCGUCUCGAGGUUACCAGUGACCCGAACCAUUCCCAGUACGGCUCUCACGUCUCCCGGGACCUCUUGAAGUAUUUCCAAGAACCAGAAGCGAGGUCCUUCUCCGCUGUGGCAUCGUGGCUCCAGUCCAACGACAUCCGCAACUUCGUCCAAGACGGACCCUGGGUUCGUCUGAACACGACUGUUGGCAAGGCAAACCGUCUGUUGGACUGCAAGUUCGCCAAGUAUCAGUACAACACCGACGAGGUCGUUCUCCGUGCCAAGGAGUACACCCUCCCCGCCCGGCUCUUGGAACAUGUCGACUUUGUCUACCCCGUCAGCCAGUUCGUGAGCAAGCCGCCGAGACGGGACAUCAAGAUGCGGGAUUCAGGCAUGACGAAGCGCCAGAGCACCAUGCCCCAAAGCUGCUGGUCUUACACCACCCCCGACUGUCUCGUGGAGCUGUAUAAUAUCAACUACCACCUGCCGGAUGGCCAGUCGCCCACGGACUUCGCCAUCGCCGGUUUCCUCGAGGAGUACCCCAGCGUGCCGACCCUGCAGGCGUUCCUCGCGUCCUACAGCCCCCUCCGGAACACCACCGGCUACUCCUCCAAGUACAACCUCACCGUCGAGUCCAUCAACGGCGGCGGUGUCACCACCGAGGGCGGCGGUGUCGAGGCCCUGUUGGACAUCCAGUACAGCAUGCCCUUCAUCCAGCCCAUGAACGUCACCUACUUCUCCACCGGCGGCCGCGGCCCGGAGAUCGGCGACGACGGCAGGGACAAGACGCCCAACGAGAGCGGCAACGAGCCGUGGAUCGAGUUCCUCGAGGCCCUCCUCGCCCGCGAGGCCAUCCCCCACGUCAUCUCCAUCUCCUACACCGACGACGAGCAGGCCAUCCCGCUUGCCUACGCCCGCCGCGUCUGCGACCUCUUCAUGCAGGUCGCCGCCCGCGGUGUCUCGGUCCUCGUCGCUACCGGGGACGGCGGCGCCGCCGGCAUCCGCUCCGGGAACUGCAUUUCCAACGACGGCACCAACACGACAAAGUUCCUCCCGACGUUCCCCGUCGACUGCCCCUACGUCACGGGCGUCGGCGCCACGGGCAACUACGCCCCCGCCGAGCCGGCGUGGUACAGCUCCGGCGGCUUCAGCGAGUACUUUGAGCGGCCCGCCUGGCAGGAGUCGGCGGCCGCGGCGUACAUCGCCGGCAUCAACGGCUCCCACUCGGGCUGGUACGCGCCCAAGGGCCGGGGCAUCCCGGACAUCUCGGCCGUCGGCUCUCGCUUCCUGAUGCAGCCCGGCUGGACGCAGAAGGGCACCAGCGCGAGCACGCCCGUUGUCGCGGCCAUGAUCGCUCUCGCCAACGACAAGCGGAUGAGACAGGGCCGGCCUCCGCUGGGCUUCCUCAACCCGCUGCUGUACUCCGACAAGGUCCGCUCCGCCAUCAACGACGUCACCAGCGGCUCCAGCGGUAGCUGUCCCGUCGGUGACCAGGUCGAGAGCGGAUGGUCGGCGACUGCGGGAUGGGAUCCGGCAACUGGUCUCGGUACCCUGGACUUUGCCAAGUUCGUGGAGGCGCUCGAGUAGAGUGAACACUUGAUAAACUUGUACUAUGACGGAUUCCGUCCUAACACUGAUGGCGCUCUAAUAGCGCUCUGGACUGUUGCGAAAUUAAACAACUCAUGAAAACAAUAUACCCGUCGCCCGCUUCAAUGACAUGGUUUUUUUGCUCAUUCACAUGAAAUGAUGAAUGCUUGUUGCUGAGUUCCUCCUACCCAGCCAUCAUCUACUACUACUACUACUACUACUACUACUACUACUACUACUACUACUACUACUACUACUACUACUACUACUACUACUACUAUCACUACGAGAAUGAGAUCCUUCUCUCUCUCGUGUCUCCCACGUUCAUCAUGCUCGUGUAACCGAACGGCCAUC